AUGCAGAAAGAGGGACUCUUUAUGAUGAACUCUUUCUUCCAGAAGCGGCCCCACAGGAAGUGGACCUGGUCGAGCCCCGACGGUUCGACAAAAAAUGAGAUUGACUUCAUUAUGACGACCAGACGACAACUGUUCAGUGAUGUCUCCGUGAUCGCGAGGGUGAAAACUGGUAGCGAUCACCGAAUGGUUAGAGGCACACUGAAACUAAACGUUAAGUUGGAGAGGUCUCGUCUAAUGAAGUCAACGCUCCGUCCCCCUCGUGCUCUGUCCCAAAGUCCCGAAACCUUUCAGCUCGAGUUACAAAACCGUUUUCAGUGCCUAGAAGACUGCAAUGAAGUGGACGAUAUGAAUGACAAGCUCGUGGAAACUGUCCAUGAGGUCGGAGCUAAGUUCUGCAAGACCCGCCGCAGAAGAACACAAAAACUCUCCGAUGACGGGAGAUGA